AUGGAAAAAAGUAUUGAAAAGAAUGAUGGCAGCGGGGAGCUGGAAGAGCCAGGCAGCUGGGCAGGACCGAUUAUCCAUUUGUCUUUUAUAUCACUUAUGCUGUUGGUUAUGUCAUUUGCCAGUUUAGCAGUCCACAUUCGCAUCGGCAACGACACAUACGCGUUCAAGAACAUGGGUCUCUGGGAGUUUUGUUUUAGCAGAUUCCAGUCACACUUUCCUUUGCCGGCUACUUCACAACUCUUUCAUUUGCUCUCCAAAGGUUGGCUGAUGGCAGUGCAGGCUUUUAUGACGCUGGCCUUGAUAUUUUCCUGCUCUGCCCACAUUGCCUCAACAAUGCUUCUUGUUCGUUGGCCGCUCAACUUCACAUUCCGAUACCAGUGGCAGAUCCUGUCUGCCUGUGCACUAAUGAAUGGUUUGAAAUCCUUUUGCCUCUUCCUGUUGGUGGCUGUCUUUGGUGGACAAUGUUGGAGACGUGACUGGAUGCUCUACCCAAAUUUCAACUACCUCUCUUGGUCGUACGCGUUUGCCGUAAUCGCCAUGUUCAUCGGAAUGGCUGCCACAGCCAGUUUCUACUUCGACGCCAAGAGGACAGUGGAACGCAAGAAAGCCAACAGCAAUCUAGUUGUUCAGAUGCAAUCACACGGCAGCCAGAUUUACAUCUGAAAAUGUGUGCCUCACCCUCAAAUAUUUGGGCUACAAACAGUUGCAACUGUGAAUCUCUUUAUCCAUCAUUCCGUUCCACAAUGUCACCUCCGUCCAUUGCUUAAAUUUAAAUCGUUGAGUGAGCUGUAAUGUUUCUCUUUUUUAAAUGUAAAGUAGUUUUACCAGAAACUUGUUUGGGGUCUUACCUGGAACUCUGGUAGAGCGGCAGAGGUCAAGGAUGUAGUCCAUGGUUGUUAAUUCGAUGUUUCCGUCCAUAAUGAGCAAACGACAGUUGGCUAUGUCCCCC